AUGAAUGAAUCUCCACGCAAGGCUGCUCUGUCAGAGAGCAGCCAGAAUGAGCUUUCGUCGGGGCCUUCUGCUGCUGAUGCCUCGGGGAGAAUGCUUUCUUUAUUGUCUCAGUCAGAACUGCGGCAGCAACUCGUUUGUCAGGUGCGUUACUUCCUAUCGGGAAAGCUGUUGAAUUGCGCAUGUGAGGAGGGGGGUUUCUAUGAAUGCACAAGCUUAGAACAGUGCGGAGAGGAUCAGAAAACGGCGAAGAAAACUCUUGCUUUUAAGGCGACUCUCUCGCUCGUUCUUCUGUGGCUCAAGGCACAUGGCCUUGUUCACACAGCAGGAGUACUGUGCCCAGAGGCUGACAUACGAACCAGUGAUAUACUGUCGCAAGAGGAAUGCCAGACCGUUUUACAGCUUCCAAAAACACUUCUCAGAAGACCAGCCAAUCUAUGUGUGUCUUCGGGGCUUCAAUGGAAUUUACUCGACCGCUUGAUAGAUGCUGCUAGCCAGUAUGGUGCUGCCCAAACCCCUAACCGGCCAAGAAGCACUGAUGAAGUGCUUGCAGCAGAGAGCAGAGCCUGCAGAGCAGGUGACACUGGAUGCUUUCCUAGCGAUGGAGGAGCAAGUUCCCCUUGCAGAACCGGGCGAACUGAAUACGUACAACGGACGAAGAGGAUCAAAGGGGCAUCCUGUCCACCCAGGAGUGCUCGCAAGCAAAAAGUUGAAUCCAUGGUUUCUGUGCCCUUCGACUCUCCAACAUCUCGCAGUUCACCUGUAGAUGGUAUAAGGUGGAAUGAUUGGCGCGAAACGACACAGAACAAGAUGCUACUUUUGGAAGCUCAUUUAAAAGGCCUCGAGCUGCGCGAGUCGUCGAAAAAACUAUUUGCCGUCAGCGAAGACUCCCGAAAAAUAUUGGACCUACGCAUUGCCAAUUUAGAAGGUGCAUGUGAGAAACGGAUGCGGCAGCUCGAGGAAGCAAUAGAUCAGGCAACAGGAAGUCAAGGAACUGAAGCACUAGACAGUACAGUUGGAGCCCAAGUCACGAUGCAUGAGGCAAAAAGCAAACUAGAGGUCAGCUUCGCUCAACAGAAGGAACGAGAAGCACGGCUGACCGAACGCGAAACGAAAUUGUCAGAGAGAGAACGCCUUCUGGAUGCUAGGGAAAAAGACCUGCUGAGGGCAGCAUUAAACAUCCAUAAAGAUGAUUUUCGUACAGAGCAAAAUGAAACGAACAUGUUGCUGACACAGGAAAAUGCAAGUUUCCGUUCCCAGCUUGCGCAAGCAAAGAAACAGGUGAAAAUGCUAGAGGCGCAGUUGCAAAAGCAGGCGGCUGAAUGCAUGCAUGAAUACGUGAAUUAUACCCAGCCUACUCAUACAGCCGCAACGAAAAAUCCAGAAGAGCUUGUCGCUUGCGCAAACCAUCCCUCACUGGAGGAGCCGUCGAUUACCCAGCGAGAUGUAAGUUCAGAACACGCUGCUCAACUAGCACUGAAACAGGAAUAUGAGGGCCACGUGGCGCGCUUGACGGACGAGAUUCAACGCAGCAAUGACCGAAUACGAAAUAAAGAUGCGGAAUUUAAGCUUCUCGUUGUGGAGCUUGAGUCUGCUCGACGCAAACACGCUGAGGCACAAAGGCGCCUGAAGAAAAUGCAGAAGCUUUAUGAAGCAGCACGAGCUACAUGCGUUCAACACAGAAAGCUGGCAUCAUCGAUGUCUCUCUCGCUCAGUUGUAUUGAUUUCGCUGUGGAGCCGCCGGCUGAAUUCGCGGAUCGGGGAGUGCGUGACCUCCUUGGUGGCGAAAAUGUUUCUCCUAAUGCGCACGAUUUACAGUCUAUUGCGGGCAAUGCUCCUGAGGUGAUUAAGAAUGGCCAGCCUCCAGCCGAAGAAUAUGGAGUGAGGGGAGAUUAUUGCCCGUGGAACAGUUGGGGUGACUUAAACAACGGAUUCCCUAGAAAGGAAAUUGACGACCAGAGUUUGUUGAACGCUUCAUGCGAUCUGCAGAAACAAAGCUACAAGUCACAGAGUUCUCAAACAAUCGAGAACCUUGCAGACAGCACUGCUCCUGAUUUCCAACGUUGCAGUAUUGCUGCCUCGGAAAGGCAACCUGUUGGCUCUCUUGGUUUCCGUACCGCCAAUGCUGAUUUACAGAUACAGUCCCAGAAGCUAAACGACACUUCAAACGCUGUGGAGAGAACUGUUUGUACACCCCUAGUGCGCUCGGGCCAUGCAGGUACGGACACAAGCGAUCCAAGGGAAUGCACAUCAGCUAGUCAAGAGCGACAUUAUCGAAAGUUCAGUCCCCCUGUAAGUGGAGAGUCUGGGCAAUCCAACAGUAAUGUUUUGAGAGAUGUAUCUAAAGAAGUAGCCGGCACAUCUCGUUCUUCUGCCCCACUCCUCUUCCCAGAAACUGCUUCCGAAGCGCCACCGCUACGUGAAACGACUUCAGCUGGGGUUGAUUUGCACUGCGUUCCGCUGAAGCAAGCGGCUUCAGUGAGCUUGUCUCAUGGCCUCUCAAAAGCUUCAGAGGAGAGCGCAACAAUGGACAAUUUCUCCGAGCGACACCAGGGGGCAGAAGUUGAUCACCGCCGGCGAAAUCCCUGCAGCAAAAAGUUGGAGGCAAAACCAGGAAAUACAUGCCAAACGGGCCCAGAGCAUGAAGAAAGCCAAAAUAUGGGAUAUUCGGCCGCUGGGCGGUCGCUGCCUUCCCCUGAAAACAGUGAUGAACCGCUUGCCUCAAACGCCCCUCUCAACGACAAAGGCAUGGCCGCACCCCGAUUGCCUCCUGAAGGGGUUCCAAAUGAACUUCCCUGCAAGGACCCCGUAGCAAUAACAAUAACGCGCACGCCAUCCAUAGAAAGACAGUUAAAGGGCUCAGGGCAUGAAUGCCCGUCGACAGUAAUCGAGAAUCACAGCACACAUAAUGCGUCGGAGGCUGCGUCAGCGAGGCACGUGCAGGAGUUUACAGUAACAGCUUCACCACGUUCUCCGAGAGAAAAUACCAGCGGUGGCAGGCAGCCGCCCGCUUCAACUCCACCAGGUUCCUGUGGACGAGAGAUCCACUGCUUCUCGCCUGUUGCAGAGAACAUAUCUCGGGAGCGCUCGCCACGGGCGAAUGACGGUGCCAUAGGCUCUCACCUGCAAAGUCCAUGGGCGGAAGCUUCCAUUGCUUCAUCUCUGCCAGAAUCUCCCCAGGUUCUGUCAAAUUUUCCUUCUCUUUCCUGCCCUGUGGCUGCCACAAUCGAAGCUAUUCCUUCCCCCACCCGUUCUAAAGUAGAUUGCCGCGAAGGCUGGACCGCUCUUCGCAGGAAGCCUCCCUCCUACACCAGCGGCAUUCCGGCCUCAUCUUCCCCCUCAGAGCACGAGUGGCUGGCUUGUAUUUCCCCUACAGACCCAGUCAUUCGCACUAACGCAACAGCAGAUAAUCAAAACGAGGCAUGA